UUGUGUUGUCGCGUCUGUUUGUUUCUCAACACACGCAAGAAACUUAAACUCAGUUUUAAACUAAGGAUAAAAAAAAUUAUAAAAACACAGCGAAAGUAACUUUAAAGCACGAAAUACAGAUAGUGAGUUACGUGUGUUUGGGUCUGCUGGGCUGCUGUUGAACGCGAUGCCAUCCAAAACGGAGGACUACGAGGUGCUGCUCACUAUAGGAUGUGGAUCUUAUGGAAAAUGCCAGAAAAUCAAGAGGAAAUCCGAUGGAAAGAUUCUGGUCUGGAAAGUUCUGGACUAUGGCACUAUGGCCGAGGGAGAGAAGCAGAUGCUGGUGUCAGAAGUCAACUUGCUCCGUGAGCUGAAGCACCCAAAUAUCGUCCGAUACCAUGACCGAAUUAUCGACAGAACAAACACGACGUUAUAUAUAGUGAUGGAGUACUGUGAGGGUGGAGAUCUCGCCAGCCUCAUCAACAGAAGCAUCAAAGACAAGCGAUACCUGGAGGAGGAAUUCAUCCUGCGUGUGAUGGCACAGCUGUCUCUGGCGUUAAAAGAAUGCCAUGGUAGGAGUAAUGGCAGCAGUACAGUUCUGCACCGAGAUCUGAAACCAGCAAACAUUUUCCUGGAUGUCAAACAGAACGUAAAGCUCGGUGAUUUUGGUUUAGCUCGGAUACUGAACCACGAUACCAGCUUUGCUAAAACGUUUGUCGGAACUCCAUAUUACAUGUCGCCAGAACAAAUGAAUCGCAUGUCCUAUAAUGAGAAGUCGGAUAUAUGGUCUUUAGGAUGUUUACUCUAUGAACUAUGUGCUUUAUCUCCCCCAUUUACAGCAUACAACCAGACAGAGCUGGCCCGAAAAAUCAGAGAAGGCAGAUUUAGAAGAAUCCCAUACCGAUACUCGGAUGACCUGAACACACUGCUUUCAAAAAUGCUCAACUUAAAGGAUUAUCUGAGGCCCUCUGUGGAGUCCAUCCUACAGAACAGUUUGAUCUCUGGUUAUGUGGCCCUCAAGCAGAGGAGGCUUCAAGAGAAACAGCGGCGCAGAUCAGACGAGGCAGAGCAGCCCAAACAACCAGAGUCACCGAUUCUGGCAGAGCUGCGGCUUAAAGAGCAGAUUCUCCGAGAGCGAGAGCAGGCACUCAAAGAACGAGAGCAGCGGCUAGAGCAAAGGGAACAAGAGCUGUGUGUCCGAGAACAGCAAACCAAUGAAAAGCUGGCCAGAGCCGAGAGCAUGUUGAAGGCGUUUAAUCUGAUCCGUCAGCAGAGGGCGCUGUCUCUGCUCAGCGCCAGCGACACAGAGAAUGAAGAGAACAUCUCCCCGGGGAAGAAGAGGGUUCACUUCGCAGGAGACGGGAAGGAGAACGGCAGACUGAUCAUGAAACCUCCGGAGCACGGCCUUGAGAAGAGACACCAGCUGGUGAACAAGCGCAUCCAGACGCUCGGAGAAGAGAAGAUCCACUCGCCAAAACACAGAGAAAUGCAGGGCAUCCGCUAGCCAUCAGAGACUCUUUACUACUGAUUAUCACUGUGGUCAAUCAAGUCAAGAGGAUUUUGUCUAGUUGUGUAUAUUAAGAGAUAGAUUCCUGCUUUUAUUUAUUUGCUGUAACAUUUGUACAGUACACUGGAGCAUUUCAUUUAAAGGGACAGCUCACCCCAAACUGAAAACUCUAUUUAUUCACACUCCAAUUGUUCCAAACCUGUUUAUUUCUUCUUUUUUUGAACUCACAAAAAGAUAUUUAGAGAAAUGUUGGAAAUCAGUAGCCAUUAACUUUGAUAGAAUAAUUGUUUUAUCCCAGUAUAGAUGUCAGUGACUAUCAAUUACAAACAUUCUUCUAAAUAUCUCCUCCUGUGAACAGAAAAAGGGUCACUCUUGAGGGUGAAUAAAUGGUGAGUAAUGUUAUUUUGGGUGAACUGUCUCUUUAAAGAGGAAUUACAUUGGACUAUUAUUAUAUAUUAGCAUUUUAUGGAUUUUUUAUUGCUAGAAGCUGUGUUUUUACUUGGAAUGGUUCUUUAGAAUGAAUAAAUUAAUAAUGGUUGCAGUAA